GUGAACACACUCAGGGAUUUUUGGUGACCUGAAGAUUCCUACAAACACAUAGAGCCCAGCUAUCUUAAUCUUGCAUGCUGAGCAGCCCUCUUGUAUUCUUACACAGACGAGAAAAGGAGAUAUAUUUUGUGCACACGUAUCCAUUUUCUCCCUCCUUGACCACCGAUCAAUCCAUAAUUCCCUUCCUUUUCCCAUAGAGAAUCAUCACUUUCAAGAACGGGAGAAAAUGGAAUUCUGUCAGGACUCAUGCACUGGCAAUGGUUCCCUGGGAUUUAACCCCAAGGACCCCUUGAACUGGGGCAUGGUGGCAGAAUCACUAAAAGGAAGCCACCUAGAUGAGGUGAAGCGCAUGAUCGAUGAGUACAGGAAGCCUGUGGUCAAGCUGGGAGGUGAGUCCCUGACCAUAGGCCAAGUAACAGCGAUUGCUAGCCGUGACGUUGGUGUCAAGGUAGAGCUGUCAGAGGAGGCUCGAGUUGGUGUCAAGGCUAGCAGCGACUGGGUUAUGGACAGCAUGAACAAGGGCACGGACAGUUAUGGUGUCACCACUGGUUUCGGCGCCACCUCACAUAGAAGAACCAAGCAAGGCGGAGAGCUUCAGAAGGAGCUUAUCAGGUUCUUGAAUGCUGGCAUCUUCGGCAAUGGCACGGAGUCGACUCAUACAUUGCCUCACUCAGCAUCUAGGGCAGCUAUGUUGGUCAGAAUUAACACCCUUCUUCAAGGUUACUCGGGCAUAAGAUUUGAGAUCCUGGAAGCCAUCACUAAGUUGCUCAACCAUAACAUCACCCCAUGUUUGCCACUCAGAGGAACAAUCACUGCCUCUGGUGACCUUGUCCCAUUAUCCUACAUUGCUGGGCUCUUGACAGGCAGGCCCAAUUCAAAGGCCGUGGGACCCAAUGGAGAAACCCUGGCCGCUGCUGAAGCCUUUACACUAGCUGGGAUUAAUGGUGGAUUUUUUGAGUUGCAACCAAAGGAGGGUCUAGCACUUGUAAAUGGUACUGCUGUUGGUUCUGGUCUUGCUUCAAUGGUGCUUUUUGAGGCUAAUGUGCUGGCAAUCCUAUCAGAAGUUUUGUCAGCAAUUUUCGCCGAAGUUAUGCAAGGAAAACCAGAGUUUACUGAUCACUUGACACAUAAAUUGAAGCAUCAUCCUGGCCAAAUUGAAGCUGCAGCCAUCAUGGAACAUAUUUUAGAUGGUAGCUCUUACGUUAAAGCAGCUCAAAAGUUACAUGAGAUUGAUCCUCUACAGAAGCCUAAACAAGACCGAUAUGCUCUCCGAACAUCUCCACAGUGGCUAGGUCCUCUAAUUGAAGUGAUUAGAACUUCAACGAAAAUGAUCGAACGAGAAAUCAACUCUGUCAAUGACAAUCCAUUGAUUGAUGUUUCAAGGAACAAGGCUCUACAUGGAGGGAAUUUCCAGGGGACUCCUAUUGGUGUUUCCAUGGACAACACUCGUUUGGCAAUUGCUUCAAUUGGCAAACUCAUGUUUGCACAAUUCUCUGAACUUGUUAAUGACUAUUACAACAAUGGGUUGCCUUCAAACCUUACCGGUGGUCGCAAUCCAAGCUUGGAUUACGGGUUCAAAGGUGCUGAAAUUGCAAUGGCAUCUUACUGCUCAGAGCUCCAAUUCCUUGCUAACCCUGUCACCAAUCAUGUCCAGAGUGCUGAGCAACACAACCAAGACGUCAACUCUUUAGGCUUGAUUUCUGCAAGAAAAACAGCUGAAGCUGUUGAAAUAUUGAAGCUCAUGUCUACCACCUGGUUGGUUGCUCUAUGCCAAGCCAUAGACUUGAGGCACAUAGAGGAGAACCUGAAGAACACAGUCAAGAACACUGUCAGCCAAGUUGCUAAGAGAGUCCUGACAAUGGGCUUCAACGGCGAGCUUCACCCCUCAAGAUUCUGUGAGAAAGACUUGCUCAAGGUUGUCGACAGAGAACAUGUCUUUACCUACAUCGAUGACCCUUGCAGUGCAACCUACCCAUUAAUGCAGAAACUAAGGCAAGUUCUAGUUGAUCACGCCCUGAUGAAUGGUGAGAAGGAACAGAAUUCAAGCACUUCAAUUUUCCAAAAGAUUGGAGCCUUUGAGGAAGAACUGAAGACCCUUUUGCCCAAAGAAGUAGAGAGUGCUAGACUUGAACUUGAGAACGGCAACCCAACUAUUCCAAACAGGAUCACGGAAUGCAGGUCAUACCCCUUGUACAAGUUUGUGAGGGAAGAAUUGGGAGCCAUUUUGCUCACCGGUGAGAAGGUCGGAUCGCCUGGGGAGGAGUUUGACAAGGUAUUCACAGCUAUCUGUGCAGGGAAGUUAAUUGAUCCCAUGCUGGAAUGCUUGAAGGAAUGGAAUGGCGCUCCUCUUCCUCUUUGCUAAGCUAUGGAUGUCCUGUGAUGAUCUUUUUUUCUUUUUUUCUUGCCAAGGUUACUUGCAUGUUAAUUUGUAAGUAACAAGCACAAAUGCAAGCCUACGUUGUUUAGUUACUUUUAAUCAUUAAAGAAUCUUUCUUUGUAA